AACCUAACAAAGGAUGAAAUGUCACAUUCAAAUCUGUGAAUUACAUGGAAGUAUAGGGUAGCAAAGUGCAAAGUAACAUGCUUCAAAUACUACUUGUGUACAUAAGAACAAUGGCUCUAACUCUAGUGUUAUGCUUACCAAACAAACCAUAUCAAUUUGAACAAGUAAUAUCCAACAAAAGUGUGGCUGGCACCCGAUUCGUUGGUUAGAAAGAAAUAAUAACCUCAGAGGUCGUGUGGCAGUCGCGCUUUAGAAGUGUGUGCGGUCUUGGAGCAAAGAGACAUAUAAGAUCCAUGAUGAACAAUAUGGGAAUAAAAGAGAAUGGCGAGAUCGAGCGAGAAAAAAGAGAGGAACAGGAACAAGAACAAGCGAAGAAAGACGAUCAUGGUGGUGGUAACAAUCAUUUAGAGGGUUCAAGAAGGCUGCAACCAUGGACACAACAGAUAACGGUUCGUGGGAUUGUAGCGAGUGUUAUUUUGGGGUGCAUUUAUAGUAUUAUAGCCAUGAAACUCAACCUCACAACUGGUAUGACGCCUAAUAUGAACGUUUCGGCUGCACUUCUUGCUUUUGUGUUCAUGAGAACUUGGACAAAGAUGCUCCAAAAAUCCGGAAUUUCAUCUGUUCCAUUUACUAGACAUGAGAAUACCAUGAUCCAGACAUGUUCGGUUGCCUGUUACAGCAUUGCAAUUGGAGGCGGAUAUGGAUCUUAUUUAUUGGGAUUAAACAAGAAAACAUAUGAGCUAGCCGGAGGAUCAAGUUCGCCUGGCACUUACAAAGAACCUGGUGUCGGCUGGAUGAUGGGCUACUCGUUUUUGGUCUGCUUUAUCGGUCUUUUCGUAUUGAUUCCACUCAGAAAGGUUUUGAUUGUUGACUAUAAGUUAAUAUUUCCAAGUGGGAUGGCGACCGGAGUUCUUAUUAACGGGUUUCAUAGCCAGGGAGAUGACAUGGCAAAGAAGCAAGUGAAGGGAUUUUCAAAGUACUUUUCGGCAAGUUUUCUAUGGGGAUUUUUUCAAUGGUUCUUUACAGGAAAGGAAGGAGACUGCGGAUUCGCUCAGUUUCCUACCUUCGGUUUAAAAGCUUGGAAGAACACGUUUUACUUCGACUUUAGCAUGACUUAUGUGGGAACCGGGAUGAUUUGCCCUCAUAUUGUGAACUUAUCGUUGUUGUUUGGAGCCGUCGUUUCAUGGGGUAUAAUGUGGCCCCUUAUCGGAACAAAGAAAGGAGAUUGGUUUCCUACGGGUUUGCCCGAAAGUAGUAUGAAAAGCCUCAACGGUUACAAGGCGUUUAUUUCUAUCGCUCUUAUCCUCGGUGAUGGGCUAUACAACUUCGUUAAGAUACUAUGCAUAACGUCGAUGAAUGUUCGUGGAAGAUUCAAGACGAACAACCUUAAUCCAGUUAUAGAAAAGAAGGUUAGUGAAGAGGAGCAAAGAAUGAAUGAGAAUUUCAUUAGAGAAACCAUACCGAUGUCGAUUGGAGGAAUCGGAUACAUUAUUUUCGCCAUUAUUGCAGUAAUCGCGAUACCAUACAUGUUUCAUGAGGUUAAAUGGUAUUAUGUAAUCAUAGCCUACAUUUUCGCUCCGUCUUUGGCUUUCUGUAACGCUUACGGAGCUGGGUUGACCGACUUUAACAUGGCGUAUAACUACGGUAAAAUCGGACUUUUCAUGAUGGCGGCAUUGGCGGGUAAAGACGACGGAGUGGUGGCAGGAAUGGCGGGUUGCGGGCUGGUAAAGUCGGUUGUCUCGGUUUCAUGCAUACUAAUGCAUGACUUGAAAACAGGCCAGUUGACUUUGACUUCUCCUCGAACCAUGCUUCUUAGUCAAGCCAUCGGUACCGCGAUAGGCUGCAUUGUGUCACCUUUGAGCUUCUUUUUAUUCUACAAAGCGUUCGAUAUUGGAAACCCAAACGGAGAAUAUAAAGCGCCAUACGCGAUAAUCUAUCGAAACUUGGCGAUUCUCGGGGUCCAAGGGUUUUCGGCUUUACCUAAACAUUGUUUACAACUGUGUUACGGUUUCUUUGCAUUCGCUGUCGCGAUCAACAUGGUCAAAGACAUGUUGCCGAAAAAGAUAGGCAAGUGGAUGCCGUUGCCGAUAUGUAUGGCUGUGCCUUUCUUGGUUGGUGGAUAUUUUGCUAUUGAUAUGUGCAUUGGGAGUUUGGUUGUGUUUGUUUGGCACAAGGUUAAUGCUAAGGAGGUUGACUCAAUGGUUCCGGCGGUUGCUUCGGGUUUGAUAUGUGGCGAAGGUAUGUGGACCCUACCCGCCUCGGUUCUUGCUUUGGCGAAAAUAAAGCCUCCGAUUUGUAUGGAGUUUCUAACUUCUUGAGCUAGAAUCAAAUUUUGUUAUUAGGUUUAAAAAGAUGAAAUAAUAUAACCAAGUUUCUUGCUAGUAAAGCGAGCUUCUAUCCCGUUAUUAUGCCAGCUAGAACAUCGAUUUUACCCCGUGCGAAUAUCGUGUAAACUAGUCGCAGAGCGUCAAGCCAUGAGUCCAAACUUUCCCAUGAAUCUGCAAUC